AUGGGUCCCGGCUUCCGAUUCAACCCCACCGACGAAGAGCUGGUGGUGUUCUACCUGAAGCGCAAGAUCACCGGAAAACUCUCCCGGUACGACCACAUCGCGGUCGUCGACGUCUACAAGCUCGAGCCCUGGGACCUUCCCCCUCUGUCGAAGCUGAAGACCAAGGACUUGGAAUGGUACUUCUUCAGCGCGCUCGACCGCAAGUACGGAAAUGGCUCCAGGAACAACCGCGCCACCGAGAAGGGUUACUGGAAGACCACUGGUAAAGACCGCCCUGUCCUCCAAGGCGACCGCCGCGUCGGGAUGAAGAAGACCCUCGUUUACCACAUUGGCCGGGCCCCACACGGCCGUCGCACCAAUUGGGUCAUGCACGAGUACAAAAUGCUCGAUGAAGAAUUGACACGUGCUGGCACAGUGCUGAAGGAUGUGUUUGUAGUGUGUAGGAUUUUCGAGAAGAGUGGCGCUGGACCAAAGAAUGGGGCCAAGUAUGGUGCCCCCUUGGACGAGAAUGAGUGGGACGUGGAGGAAGAGAAUGAGCUGAAGGAGGUGGCUCCCUUGCCAGCGAAUGCUGAUGAUCCGGUGGCACCAUUGCCGGAGACCCCUCAGGAUGUGGUGACUCCUCCGUGGGAGAUUGAUUAUGGUGAUGUUUGGGGUGCUUUUGCUAAUGGGGCCUAUGUGGAAGCUUCUGACCUUGACGUGGUUUUAAUAUCUCAAUAUUGUUGUGGGGCCAUUAUUUGGGUUGCUAUUAGCUCUAAUGUUGUUUGUGUUGUCCUUUUCGUAAUCGUGUUUGGGAGAGGUCUUCCUGGUGACAGUUCUUUAGAAAAGCUUGAUUUGAGUGAUAUGAAUGGAAGUGUUACUUUUCCAUCAUCGAACUUUUAUUACGGGGAGAGUAGUACCCACGCUGAGCAUUCCCAAGAACUCAUCAAGGAUCAGGAGCCAUCGGCAGUCACCUUCGGGAUUUCUGGGCCUGAAAAUGGCCAAACUCUUGAUAUGGCUGACCAAUAUGGCAUGGGUACAAGUUCAAUGAAUGGAGACAAUGGUGAGCCAAGCGAGAUUGAGAAGCUUCUCGAUUUCAAAGAUGCAUCGGAUGAUAUGCAUCUGGAUCUAUACUUUGAUGCCAUCCAGAAUCUUCCAAUGGCUGAUGAUGAAUCAUUCUUGGAAACCAAUGAUCUAACAAUUGGGAAUGAGGAUAAUCCCGCUGAGGCUGAUCCUUCUGCGAAUGCUAUGCUAGACGAGUAUCUAGCACUCCCUGCUGAUGAUAUUUGCAAUUAUAUAUCUUUUGAUUAUUCUCAGAUUCCAGAGGGUGAAAACUCUAUUGCCAACCAAGGAUCACCUUCAACCCAGCAGAGUGUGGAGGGAGAACCCGCUGAUAAAGAUGUGGUUAGUAAACAUGAUUCUGAAGCACAAACCAGCAAUGAGGCUUUUUCUGUGCGGAAUGCAGAGGAGGCAAAGUCAGCACCAGGAAAUACAAAUCCAUUUGUUAAGCAGGCCAAUGGAUGGUUAGCUAGCAUACCUGCCGCACCUGCACAUGCUUUUGAGUUUCCAGCUAAGGAGAUUACUAUUGGGCUUCAUCAUGCAGCUCAGUCUUCCCAUCCAGCUCAUAUAACUACGGGUAUGAUCAGCAUUACAGAUAUUGCUUUUAGAGGCAGUGCCAUGGAUUGGCCGAUGGGGAAAAAUGGUGGGUUUAACAAUGCUAUAUCUACUGGGUUUUCUCAACCGGAUGUUAAUUGUGCUGCUUUAAUACCUGUUUCUGGCAAGACCGCAUUUGUGUUGUCACAUGGCUGGAUUUUAUUGACGGGGUUCUCAGUUCUUAUUCUUUCACUGAGUUUCAAGAUUGGAAGCAUCAUGUAUACUGAUUUGUUUAUGGUACCUUAG